AUGAGAUCGAUGCAUAUGGAUGAUAAUAUGGAUGAUGAUUCAAUUGAAAAAGAGCCAGAGAUUGCACAAACUGUUGCAACGGAGGCUAAUGAGGAAGUAAAUCAAUCUAAGAAAAGAAAGGUUAGCCGACACAGAUCUGAGGUAUGGGAGAAUUUUACUAAAUUUAGUAAUGAGAAAUUUGAGCAAAAAGCUAGAUGCAAUUAUUGUCAGAAAGAAUUGUUUGCUGAUCCUAAAUUGAACGGCACUAGUUCACUAAAAGCCCAUGUUAGAAGCUGUCCAAAAAUGCCCCGUGCUAGUAGUGACCCUAGCCAAACUGAAUUGCUUGAAGGGGAAGGAUCACUAGGUUGUGUGAAGUACAGUGCUGAGGCACUUAGAAGGAGCAUUGUUGAAAUGAUUAUAAAUCAUGAAAUCCCCUUCAAGUUUGUUGAAUUUAAGGGUUUUAGAAAAUGCUUGUCUAUUGCUUGUCCAAGGUUUAAGGGUUUCACUUACCACUGA